CGGUCGCCCAUUAUCUGCAAUUUCGUGAUCGAUUAUCCUGCACCGCCGAUUACUGUACGCGCGCGCGCGAAUAACACAAUAUCCCGCGAUCGACCGUGUCCGCCGACAGCUGUUCCGCCGAUGAUGAGGCUUUUUGAUCUCUUCCAGCGCGGUCUUUAGGACGCGUCGCUAUUGCUCGCGUAAUUUCCAGAUAGCUCGUAAAGAGGUCUCGAAGUUAUUUAUCCGCGUACAUUCUGCUUGAUCCCGAAGCAAAGGAGAUGUAACAAUCGGCACACACGCGCGUGAACGCGCAAUUUGCUCGUACGUCCGCGAAAUAGGACACGUCAGAAUCAAAUUACGCCAUUGCGACGCCAUGCAUAUAAUAAAGAAUAACGUGUCGAUCGUAUGAUGAAAAGAGAGAGGGAUUGCGGGAAGAAAUUCUGUACAUGUUGAAUUCGGGCACUCCGCCUGUUGAGAUUUCUCAAGAAACUACUCGAGAUUGCGUUCGCACGCAACAGUUAUUGUUUCUUUCUUAUUGCCGAUGCAAUAAAAUCGGCAAUUCUCGAAGCGACAAUUUCGCAACUCCGAGGACGAACGAAUUGUUCGGAUGUCGAUCGAAAGUCGAUCGCGAGGAAUGUUCUUCUUCGCGAAUCUGGUCACGAACGUUCAUUCCAUCGGGCCACCACCACGGCGCACAUUGUUCGAAAACUCGAGUCGUCCAGUCAUUUGCCUUUUACGUGCGGGUGAGCGCACUUUAGACGCCGGAUAGACGAGAAUCGGAGAAAGAUUCGCCGCCGUUCAAGUGAAGACACUCGUGAAACUCGACGAUUUAUCCGCGCGAUUUCGGAUCGAUGGACUUUGGACGAUUUCGCGCGACUAAUUAAUGAACUCGGUACUCUCCAAGAGAAAUCGAAGGUGAGCAACAAUCUUCCUGACUCUCUCGAAGAAGAAAUAUCCUUCAAAAAUCAAGACGAAGAAAGUGACCGCGAUUAUUGUGAAUUUAUUCAUUUUAAGCGGGGGAUUUCACCGAGACGCGAUUCAUUAAUUUCGAAGGCCGAGCGACAGAGCUUAAUUCGCCGGAGAAAUCUGAAAUGCUUUACGCGUAAGCGCGCUUACUUUCGCAUCCCCGCGCAACAAGUGCCGCAAAGAUUCGUCUUUUCUUGCACGGCGCUCGUAAAUCGCCGAUUAUCGAUCUCGUCGACGGCGCACGAUACGGUACUCGUCUCGUUGGUCACGAUCGUGACAUCCGGCCCGUUGAACGAACGAAUUCGCAUCGCUAUGGUGGCCGAGCUCGCUGGCAUUUCCACGUCGACGAUCGACGGAAGAGCAUCCCUAACGACAACGGUCGCUGGCAGACCAGGUUCCUCGCGACCCAAAUGGAUUCAAGCGGCGACGCGUGAGCCGAUCUACAGUAUCCUGGACAGCAAGACGAGACACGUCCUACAGACACGUCCUCCUCCUCUUCCUCCUUCCUCAUCGGCCGCCCUCGUCGUGGUGAUCAGAGCGGCGGACGAGUCGCUGAAUUGGCUCGAAGAGCAGCGGAAGUUAUCGUAUGUCUGGCUACCCGGACGAGAGGAGGAAUCGUCGCGCCCCGAGAACGUCGAGGAUACUCUGUACAGCGUGGUGAGGAAGUCCAAGAAGUCGUUCUCCGACGAAGAGGAGACGGAUCGAAUCGACCGAGAACUCCCCGACGACCCUCCCUCCGAACGAAUCGAGGUGAGAAACGGCUGGAGGACGUCCGUCGCGAUGUAUUCCGAUGGUCACCCGGACUACGAAAAUCCGUGGCACGAGGAGGCAACGGUGGCGAUGCCCAAAGGAGUGGUGGGCCUGGUUGGACCCUACAGGGUCUACAAGAAUCCCAACGAGAGGCGUGAGUAUAUGCUUCAGGAGGAGGAACUGAUCGAAGAGACGAAGGCGCAAAAUGAGGACGUGGAGCAUCGUUCGAGGGCGAAGUGGAAGAUCACGAGGGAGGACGAUGAGGAAACCUUGGUACCUGAUAUUCGAGAUCUCCCCUUCGUCGAAACGAAAUUGGAAGAGAGCGACGAUUGGAGGAACGAAUCGGAAAAGUCGGAAUGUCGCCCUGGAGGAACAUCGUCCUGUAGAGGGGAAGAACGGCCGAUAGAUACGACGGUAACCGCCGCGACGAUGAGAAAUAAGGCGGGCAAUGAACAGCACGACAAGGACAGUCUGAACGAGACCGGAAGUACAACGGGCGGCACCGUGGAGGGUGCGCCGGGUGGUGCUGCCCCGAGCAGGGGUGACCGCAAGGACAACGAGCAGCCGGCCGCGCAAGCAUCCACCAGUUCGGCGCAACCAGCGAGAUCCUUGGUCUCCAGAAUCUUGGCGAAGACGCGGUCCCCCGACGAUUUGCUGGACCACUCGGAACCCUACUCGCAAUUAUGGGUGGUCCUUUCGAACGUGUACGGCGAGCUAAUCGUCGUGUUAACGAUGGCGUUAUGUUUGGCCGAGGUCAUGGACACGCCUGUGCCUCUGCUCAGUUUGCAAGGUGUCUUCCUCAUGUACCUCUACGUGGGCAGUAUCGCCGUCAUCAUCGGCAUCUACAUAUGGGUGCUGGUUGACAGCUGCAGCAGCUUUGAUCGAGGUGGUAACAGUGGGCUCGGUGACGCGGAACUCGGCGGCGCGUCUCUCACCAGGUUCGGGUCGUUAAAACGAGCGCACAUCUCCAGGGCCAGGACCGCACCGACCAGUUUUUAUAUACGCGUCGGCGCGCUUCUGUUUGGCCUCGCGACGUUGGUCUUCAACGGUUUGGAAAUGGCGAUGCACUCGAUGAUGCAAGGCGCCGAAUGCUUGACAGACGUCGUCUUCGUGCACCCGGUGUUGCACGGUCUGUUCACCUUCUUGCAGAUGCACUUUCUCUUCGUAAACUCACAGGUUCUCGUCGAACGCUUCGGUCUAGCAGCCAGAUUCGGCUUUACGCAUCUCGCAGCCACGAAUAUCGCGGUCUGGACGCGUCUAGUGAUAUGGGACUCCGCGCAGGAAUGGACUUAUUUUGUGCAUUUGGCGCAACACGAGCAGGAAACGUCCGUGUCUCCGCUGAAUCUGCGAGGAUUUCCCGGAUCCUUGACGAGACAGUCGCGAGAUCUCAUAGAUUCCACGACGAAAACCAGCACCUUCAAGCCUUAUCAACCUGUUUCGAACGAACAAAUCUCUCAGGUGAUCGCGCUGCAGGAAUGUUUGAACACCAACACCUUGGGACAAUUGUGGACUUCGAGCAUGCCCUUCCUCUAUCCUUUCAUCGUCCAAUUCAGUCUGAUCGCCGCGGCGGUGACCUUCGUGAUGGGUCAGAAUGUCGGCCGGAACCGGCUGGUCAAACAAAAGUUCCACGGCAGCAAGGAUCUGAGCAGCCGAAUAGGUUGCGACGGCUCCAGCAAGGGCCUCUUUCUGGGUAUCCUAUGUAUGGUCGCCGGCAUCGUGGUGAUCCUCAUUUUCCUGGUGGUGCGAGAGGACGAGAAUUUCCCGUCGGCCACCCUGUCCUGGCUCACCUGCGGCACUCUGAUCGGCAUACUGACGCUGAGCAGUCUGAUGACCGCCAGCGGCCUCGUGCAAGUGCGUCAGAUCUCGGUGGUGACGAGAGCGCCGGCCGCCCUGGACAGUCUCCUGUCGAACGUCUCGCUCUUCGGAGUGCAGCUCUACUCCGUGUUCACCAUCGUGGUGUGCGCCUGUUCCCUGGCGAUAUCGGACACCAGCGAGAGCGAGGAUACCCGGGCGAGGCACAUCAUGCUGCUGUCGACGUCGAUUCUGCAGUUGGUACAGUGCUUCGCGCAGAGCACCCUGAUCGCCGAGACUUCGCGACGCUCGUGCAUCACGCGCUUUCAAAUGCUAGCGAAGCCGGGCCGCCAGGUCAUAACCUUCCUGCUCUUCAGCAACGCCGUUCUCUGGGCCUUCGACACGGUCAUCACGCAGAACUGGCUGUCGCAGGAGCUGCAGCUCAGGUUCUUCGGCGUGCUCGUCUGGGGCGUGCUGUCCAGGAUCGGCCUGCCUCUGCUCAUCUUUUACAGAUUCCACAGCUGCGUGCUGCUGCUGGAGGCGUGGAACAAAUGCUAUAGAAUGCCGAGAGGAGAGCACCCUCUCAACUGACAACGCGGAAUCUCGCAACGACUUUUGCACAGACCAUGCCUUGGCUCGCUCGAAGAUUCUCCACCUCCCGGGAGAUUGGUGCAAUCGUCAACGGACGCUCGACCGCUGUAUCCGCAUUCACUGG